CGUCGUUAUCUACACCGUCUACUUUAGCCCAGCCGUAAUAGACUCCGGUAUUGGAUGCUGCGUCUAAUAAUUUGAAGCUCUCGCAAUAACUUUCUUCAGGUAAGUUGGCUGUCGGAAUACCGAGUUCUUUGCUACCUCUUCCGAAACCUUUUUGUACUAAACCCUGCAUUUUAAGCGGAAAUGGCGCUGCUAUCGGCUCUGGUCCAACGAUUAAUGGUCUCGUUCCCUCCGGCAUCUUGAUUGUUAGCUAUCAACAAGUCAGGUAGAAAAUAUGAAGGAAAUAAUAGAGAAUUUAUAUUUAUCUGAUAUUCUCUUAUCAGGGAAUGGCCAUAGUAUUCUAAAAGAUCUAAAUAUAGAAAGGAUUGUUGCUGCUUUCAAAGGUGAUUUACCAGGAUAUUCCUCGAAUAUAGAGGUUUACCAAGUGGCUGUCGAUGACGACGACGAGGAAGACAUCUUAGAACACAUUCCAAACGUUAUAAAUUGGAUCGAUGAGGGUUUACAGCAAAGUAUUCCAACUUUAGUCCUUUGUCAGGCUGGUGUAAGUCGCUCAGCGGCCAUAGUAACUGCAUAUCUUAUGCGCAAGAAAACCUUAUCAGUGGAAGACGCACUCAGCUAUCUGCAAUCGGUCAGUCCAUCUGCUGAUCCAAAUCAGAAUUUCAGACAUCAGUUGAAGAUUUUCGAGUUGGCUGGAUAUUCUACUUCAACUGAGAACCCACUCGUACGACGUUAUAAACUGCUUCGUAAAGCUCGUACGAUUUCUGGAUAUCAACAGGAUGAUGAUGGUAGUAGUCUCCUGCAGCUAUAUCAACAAAGGCGGAGUAUAAGCAAAUCAACGGCGAUAAGGUGUAAACAAUGCAGGAUGAAACUCGCUGGAUAUGAGGAUAUCGUUAUGUAUAUCCCUUCAUCGCCUUUCUAUGUUGAAGCUCUUGAAUGGAUGGACCUGAUUGGAGGAGAAGUAUCUGGAAAGCUAUAUUGCCCUAAUUCUAAAUGUAAAAGCAAAGUGGGCACAUAUGAUUGGACAGGUGUCAAGGAUGGUCAUUUAAAUCAAUAUGUCACGCCAGCAAUAAUGUUACAUCAGAAUAAAAGCGAAGUAUACCAAAUUGGUGUUGCUGCUAAUAACCCAUUGUCAUUACUUCGAGGAAUAAAUUAAUUUU